GGUCUCGUUGACAGCAGCCGAAACCUUCCUAGGAGUUGUGUAAGGGGCUGUGAGGGUUGCAAGGAGAGCAGCAGCAGCAAUAUUAAUACAGUGGAGCUGAGAGUUGAUUGUAUAAGCAAGGAUCUGCAGGGAGCCAGCAGGAAGCUGGGCGGCUGGUGUGUCAAGGAGACUUGGCUUCAGCGAGUGGUCUGUCUUACCGAUAAGAAAUAAAAGCCGUUUGGGUAAGAAAGCAACCUGAGUCGUGUUCGGUGUUCUGAAAUUCCACGAUAUAAGAAAGGAUCUGCGAUGUUUGGGACUGUGGUGAUUGGUAUUGGAAUUGCUGGAUCUGUGCGGAUCAGAGACUUGCUAAAUCCUUUGCCUUCCAGUCCUGCAGAGCAUCUUAAACUCUUGGGCUUUGUGUCUAGGAGAUCUCUAGGUGAUGUUCAAGAAGUCAAGCAAAUUAGUCUACAAGAAGCUCUGGACAACAAGGAGGUCCAGGUUGCCAUCAUCAGCACAGAUAAUCAAAACCACAGUGAGAGUGUCAGGAUGUUCCUAGAGGCUGGAAAGAAUGUCCUUGUUGAGUACCCUAUGGCACUGUCUGCAAAGGUAGCACAUGAGCUCUGGGAGAUGGCGGAACAGAAAGGUAAAAUCCUCCAUGUGGAACAUAUUGAACUACUGACAGAGGAGUACAAACAGCUGAAGAAAGAGGUGGCAGGGAAGGAGCUUGUGAAGGGAACAUUACACUUCACAGGUGGCCCAUUGGAUGAAGAACGUUCAGGAUUUCCAGCAUUUAGUGGAAUUGCCCGCCUGUCUUGGCUGGUUGACCUUUUUGGGGACCUCACUGUCACAUCCGCCACGAGGGAAGAGCAGAAAGAGAAAAAUUACUCCAGAAUGACUGCACAUUUUCAGACUGCAAACAACAGGCCUCUGACUUGGAUUGAAGAAAGGGCACCAGGGCUGAAACGGAAUAAAACUAUCAACUUCUGCUUCAAAAGUGGAUGCUUGGAGAGUCUCCCUGAGGCUCCCCGUUCAGCAGUUGGCCUCUUCAUGCAAGACCUGAUCCUCUUUGCCAAAAAACUGUUGGGUCAGGUCUCCAAAGACGAUCUGGACGCUGAGAAAAGGCGGAUUCUGCUGUGUCUCGGCCUUGCUGAAGAGAUUAGGAUGCAUUGCGAGCGGCCAACAAAAAUCUACUCUUGAAACUGCUUGAGAGUAUGAGAUCAGUCACUUAGAACUACUGCUGCUUCUUGUGCUGCAAACAUUUUUUCCCCUACAGUUUUCUUCUAACUUGCCAGCCUUACAUUCAAACCAGUCAGGUUUUCUAACAAAUUUGGGCCAUUUCAAGGGUUCUAUGUCCCUUGCAGGUUUCUUUUAACCUUGUGAAACAAGAUAGUGUACAAAUAUUGCCUAUUUUGGUGUGUGACAUCUUUCUAAUUAAAAGCUAGUAAACAAAUAGCUGGAUGCAUUGCUUCUGCUGGAGAAGGUAGGGUGCCCUUUUGACAAAUUAUAUUCUCAUGGAAUAAAGGCGUUGUGUGGGCUUCCUCUACAAAUCCUCCUUAUCUCCAAAAUAUGGCUAUGGAAUUUUUGGAUUCUGCCUAGAUGUUUCUGCAUAUAGAAUUUAAAAUCUAAAUAGACUUUGACCUGUUGCACAACUCUAAGCCUAUUGUGGGCUUCUUCUCUUGCAAAUGCUCCUGCAAGUUACUCUGUUGUCUGAAAACAAUUUCUGAUGGCAGAACUACAUGAAAGGCGGUAGUCCUAAAUUGAGCUUUUCUGCCCUAACCUGCAUAAUGUUUAGUCGGACAUAUUCAUUACAUUUUCCCAGUCCUGCCCUAUAUUAUUCAUUGUUGCUGGGAGGAGUACACAAAUGAUACCAAUGAGUCUGACUAGAUGUUAUGGGAAGUGACACCAGAGCUGUUCCUGGGACUACUAUUUUUGUGGCAACCCGGUCUCACACUUCAUCGUACACAUGUUCAUAAAAUGCAAAGUUAUGUCUCAGUUUUAAUUUGGCUUAGAGAUCAAAAAUUGUCCUUCAACCAGGUUUUAUGUGGAGUUUGCUUAAUUGCCUUAUGCCGAAUUGAAAUAUGAAAUUCCAGAAAAAUAUGUUUUGAUCCAGUUCAUUUCCUCUUUGGGGCUAAUUUAAUCUUAACUUGGUAAGAUUAACUUGGGACAAUGUUGUGUAGUCAAUAUUUUUUUAUGGGAGUGCCUCCACAUGGCAGCAAGUGGGAAUGAUCACAUCAAGGGUCUUAAUUGUUUCCACACUAUUCCACUAAUGCGAUAAAUACCAAGUGUCUCCAUGUUGGGGACAUAUUUGUAAGAACUGCCACACAAAAUUGAUCCGAUAGCCUUGUAAUGACUCUGUUAAAUCCUAAAUUCUGAUUGCCCCUUGAGUCCUUCCCUUCCCUUAAUAUUUCAUAGAGUUACACAGUAAACACUGCUACUGUGAGGUCUGAAUUUGUAUGUAUUGAGGGUGGGUGACCUAAGAAGCAUGUAUAAAAAACGUUUAAACUCUUGGCAAUAAUAAAUAUAGCCACAGUGAUUACAUAGAUCUAGUUGGGCCCUAAAAAUGGACAUGCAUCAUAUAGUACUGGGAUUAUUUUUGGUUAUUGUAUGCUAGUGUUAUGGCUUCAGAAAGUACAAGAGGGAAGGAGUUUCAAAUUAUACUGAACUAAGAAUGUAUACUGCAUUGUCUGAGAUUGUGCCUUUCAUUUUGCAUGGCGCGAUGUUCUUUACACCUAUUACAGCCUUGCUUCUAUUUUGUGCUAGCUAAGCAUCUUCCAUAAGUGCUAUCAUGAAAAUAAUUAUUUGGGAGAAAGUUAAUUGCUCGAUUCCACUUGGAGCUCUGAAUAAGAUGGUAUUUUAGGUGGCUUUUCAUAGACCCUGUUAGAUCAGCCAUUGAUAACUACUAUACACUUUUGAGCUCCAUGACUGUCAAAUAGGCGCCUGAUCCUAUAUUUGUGAAAGAUGGAAGAAAGCCUCCCAAUCUCAUUGAACUUGAACUCAAAAUGAAUGUAGUCAGAAAUCUUCUGUGCACAAUAUACUGUUUUGUGUCCAGGUGGUUAUUUUCUUUCUUUCUUUUAAUUGACUUUCUGACCUUAAGAACUACACAGUUUCUUUGUAAAGGGAGAGGACUGGUUGUUUCGCUUUUAUCAAGUACAUGUGGAAGCUGAGCUGUAGGAUUUUAAUGCAAAGGAAGAAAUAAUUGCUAUGCCCAGAACAGGAUUACCUCCACUAUAGGGUAGAACACUGAAGCUACGUUAAUACCGCUCUUGCCUUUUCUCUUGCAUCUGACUAAGAUCAGCCCAAGUCAUUUUUGUGCCUGAAGCAAAACUCAAAUCAGCAACCGCCCUACACAAAUUAUGAUGGGGCAGAAUCACUGAGAUGUUCUUCUGUUCACAUCUCACUGAAACACUCAAUAACAUUAUAGUGUCUCACAGGUGGAAGUGAGGCAAAUUGAUGGCUACUGUAGACUUUAAAUGGCCACCUCCUCAUUAAUGUUUUCUUUUCCCUUUUUUUUCUUAAAGCCACUUCUGUAUGAACCUGUUUUCAUGGGAUUCUUUGUUAUGUAACGCCAUCCUCAGAAACAUGACUUUGUUGAUGCCUUGUGCUUUAAUAUUGUUUACGCUGCCUUGACUUUAAUAAAGUUAUCAGAGCUCAA